CUUUAAAUUGGCUUCAAUCAAUUUUUUUUAAUCUGUACCUGGAAUCCAUUUUCUGCGUUGUUGUGACAUUUUGCGUUUUGCUCUCCUCCAACUAAAAUAAUCGAGUAAAAAAGAUUUGUAUUGUAUGAAUAUUGUCAUGUUAACGAAGAUUGCACUGUUAUUUAAGUGAUGAUAUUUAUUUUGCACCAUUAGCGUUGUAAUAAAGACAAUUUUUUAUCGUGAAGAAAGACACGAUGGGUUGAAAUAGUGAUCGCUAUCGGCAACAGUUUACCAUUCCCAUUUCUUAAUUCAUUAUUUAUACACGCCACAACAAUGGAACUAGAUGUAUCACCUGCAGACAAAAAUAUAGACAACGAUAUGGAAUAUUCAGAAAAUUCAACAGACAGUAAAUACACGCCAUGUAAAAACGAUCAGUAUUCCAUCAUACGCAUUCCCGAAGAUGGGGAAAAGUCAAGUAAGCACUCCUCAAGAAAACAAUCAAAGAGGAGAAAGAAGAAUUCCAGUCAUUCACGGCCUUUGCCGAGGAUAAUAGUGAAACCUUUACCACCUCCUCCUCCCCCUGAAAACAGGGAAUGGACAGCAGCCACUUCAUUUACAGAAAACAAUACUAACUCUAGCCGACCGUCAACAAUGCGAGAAGUAUUGGCAAGCAUCCCAGGGUUCUGUAUGAAACCCAGAAAGAGGAGUGGCAAAAAGUUAUCUACAGCUGCACAGUUACAGCAAACAAGAGAAGGUUGCAUUGACUUAGAAACACCAGAUUCAAUUUUAGUUAAUACAAAUAUUAGAGCAUUACUAAACAAACACACAUUUUCACUUCUACCACCAUUAUACCAAUAUAAACUUGGGCAGCUACUUCCAAGUGUUGAUAGGUUAAGUCCUUCAGGUCGCUUAAAUUCUUCUAGUCUCAAUAAUGAAUUUUUUGCCCGUGCCUGCUUACAGUGGCAAGACAGCCUAUCUGGUGGAGAAUUAACACCAGAAAACCAGCAAAGAAUGAAGACUGAAGCAGAAAAAGAAAAAAGCAAAAUAGACCCUUGGAAAUUGAAACAUUUUGAACCUAUUUGGGGAGAAAAAUGUAGGAAAGAGAAAUCUUCCAUCAGUUUGAAUUCUGAUCGCCCAUCCCUUAAAACCACAAUAAAGUUAAGGCCAACAGCGUCAAUAACAAGCAGCAGUACAGUACCAAAAAUAAAAAAAAGUAAAUCUGGUAGUAGUAAAAGAAUGCGUUCAGUAGGAGCAGUUACAAGAUCCUCAGCUCGAGCUGAUGAUGUUAUAGAAGAACCACUUUCAGUUUGUAGUAAACAAUCUGCUCCUGUACCGGACUUAUUGCCUUUGAAACAGUCUAAGAGUCACAAUCAUGCUAAUUAUGAGGAGUAUCCGGUAGACUUUACUUUCUCUGAUUCAUCUUCAACACAGAGAAUGGAUGACUCACUGUCUACUACACCUGUUGAUCCACUUCUAUUACCGGAUGGAGAUUCAGAAAGGAAUGAAGUCAAGCAAGAACUAGAUAUCAGUGUUGUUACAAUUGAAGAAACAUCAAAAGAUUGUGAGGAUUAUAAAGCCCUAGAUUCUGAUAGUAAUUUAAAUGAGUCUUCUAAAAGAUCAAGCAAUGAAAAUGUAGAAUAUACCAUGGCAAAGAGAAUUAAGUUUGAAGAAGAUUAUGAAAUGCAUGAUUCAAAUUAUAUGGUACAUAAUACAGAAGUUGCAAAUAAUUAUUCAGAUAUAGAGACAAAUUAUUCAAAUGAACAAGUUUGUCCUAAUGAUGAACUACUGUAUUCUGGACAAGAUCAAGCUGACACAAAUAGUGAGGACAGUAAAGCCACUGCUUCUGUCUAUGAAUAUGAUGCAAGAAGUGAAUCUUCCUUGUCCAGUCUGAAGAUAGAUAUGAAUGUAAAUAACAUGGCAGUGAGUGAAUCUACAGGUGCUACCGAGUCCAUUCCUUAUGAUAAUGUUGUAACUGAGGUGGAAGAGAGUCCUGAAAUUAAUAAGGGUAAUUCUGAUAGUGUAAUAUGUGAAACUCAGGAACCUUAUGUAGCAGAACAAUAUCAGGAAUGUGUAAAGUCUGAGACAGAUGUGGAAUCACCACAGCAGAGCAAAGAUGCUGUGGUGGAGCAAGAGCAAUCAGUGUGCCAGAGCUACACCCAGGAAGUGGAUACAGUACCACCUGAUGUCCAGUCUCAUUUAAAAGAUGAUGUGAUGAAUAGCCCUGUAAAGUGUGAAAAAGAAAGCUUGCCCCAGAAUAUGUCACAGAAUUACUAUGAUGAACAUUUUAAGGAUGCAGAGUCUUUUAUUUUAGAGACUAGUCUUUCAAUACUCACAUCACAGAGUGAAGAUGUAAAAUAUUCAUCACAUCCAAACUUGAUGGAGUUAUCUUCCUAUAUGAGCGAAACAAAUGUGACUGCGGUUGUAACAAUGCCUUUAACACAAAAUUCAUCAAUACCAAUGAUGGAAGUCACUAAUACAUCAAUUGUUUCCUAUCCUGACGACAACAUGAAGGAUGCAGCUAAACCCAAAGCAUCAGCAGUUUCUUGGAAGAAUGAUAAUGAUUGGACAAACAAUGAGAAUGUUAUGUCAUUACAUCCAUUUUCUAAUUUAAAUUCAGAGAGUACCAAAUAUGUUAGUGAAGACUCUAAGACAAGUAUGGAUGAUAUAAAUAUGAAUGAUGAAAAUUGUAUGUACAAAGAAGAUAGGGAUGCGAAUUUUAAUAUGGAGUCGUCUAAUUCAUCUGAAAGUUGUCAGUCAAUAAAAGAUUCGACGAAACAAGAGUUAGAUGCAGCAACCAGCUUGAUAUCUAGUACUGCUGUUACAAACCCACCGGUAAAUUCUACAACAAUAACUCAGGGGAUUUGGGCUCGAGGUAAAAAAUCGAAAAUUGGGAAGGAAUCUAACAGGAGCAGAAGUUCAAACAAGGUACCUCCAGGCACAGUGAACCUAGAACGAAGCUAUCAGAUAUGUCAGGCGGCGAUACAGAACAGUCCGAACCGCGAUGCGUUGCGCGGCCAACUGCGACCGCCGCCCGCGCUGUUGACGCGACCCGCGCGGUCCGUGCGACCGCCUCCCCCACCCCCACCCGUACUCGUACGACAGCUGCCAGUAUCUGUGAUGCCUCAUAAUGAAAUAAACGAGAAUCGGUCAAAUAACGUGGGGCAGUAUAUUCUCGUCCAAAGAACUCCAAAUGUGGCACCGCGGGCUUCCAGUGCUCCACCUGCGAAUCAAAAUACUAAUGUGAGCGUAGCGCGGUGCCGGAGCGUGGGCGCGGACGACGCAUGCGUGUGUAACCUCCGCGCAAUGAUACUGUGCAAGAAAUGCGGUGCCUUCUGUCACGACGACUGCAUCGGAUCAGCAGAACUAUGCCUCACUUGUCUCAUACGCUGACCCUACCAUUAUCGUUUCUCUACGGCCCAUUAUGCGCGGCCAUUGCUAUCUUGCUAGCAUUGUUACAAGGAACUUUUAUAGAACGAAUUUAGCUACAGCCCUAAUCAUAUUUAUACCUUUAGUUCAGCGUAGCUAAAAUAAACGGAACUUGAGUAAAUCCAGGAUUGAGGUGUGUGUGUGAACAAAGUAAAUGGUUGUUAGGAAUGGUGGUGCUAUCUGUAUGAAUGUAUCAAUAAACAAAAAUAUUUAGUUUGUAACCUAGUACGAAUAUUGACAAUAUUUUGUACUUUACAAAUUAUCUGGUUGCUUUUGCAGAUUCUAAUGAGAAGCUUUAAGUUUGUUAAAUCAAAGUCACGCUAAGGCCAGGGUUACAUAAUUAAUAAUCAUCGCUGAACUUGAGUGAAUCAAAUGUGAUAGACACAGCUUACGAGUUACAUAAUUUUCAUUACAGACUUAAAUAUAUAAAUACAAAAUAAUGUCUACCUCUAAGGCAGAAUUAGUUAUCCAUUACCUGUCCUGAACCUAUCCAAAUAUAUAUAAAAUUCGACUUAUGCUAAGCAAUGGCGCGGCAUAUAGUGUUUCUAGUUAAAAUGUUUAAUCAUUCUUCAAACAACAAAUAUAUUUACACAUCAUAAUGUUGAAAUAACACUUGAAAUUUUUAUUAUUCAAAUAAAAACUUAUACACACUGAGCACAAUGUAUUCAAAGUAAUUAAUUCUAUAAGUCGUACAUUAUUUUUGAUUUAGAUCUUACAAAUACAUAUUUUAAAGCUUAUCGAAAUAUAGCAGAUAAUUUGAUAGCAUUUGUUAACAUUUAUUUGAUACAAAUAAUUAGUUGUUGUUAAGAGUACGUACAGUACAUAAGAGAGAAGACGCUGCGCUGAGGAUUUAAUUUUUGCCAUUAUAUUUUAGUAUUAGGAUAUCAUCACAAUUUAAUUUUACGCUACUGUUAUAUUAAUUUUAGUGUUACUUUACCAUUUCGUGACUAUUUGUAUGUAGUUUGUCAGUAUCGGCUUAGUAUUGGUAUAGUAAUAAAUACUUGUGCACCAUCUGAUAUCCCAUCUAUUUAUAACAUUUAUACUUAAGUGUAUGUACAGAUAUUUAUUGAUACGUAAAGGCUGGUGGGUUGGACAUCGGAUGAACUCUUAUUGUAGGUAUUUAUAGAACAUUACUUGUUAUAUUUAAGUUUUUCAUUAUGGCGUGUACACUAAUAUGACACUAAGUUAUGCAAUAUAUUUAUAGUUGUCUAUAAUAUUUUUAUAAGAAUCUUUUACAAAUUGAGAAAUAGCUUUUUGCUAAUUUAAGAUUUUCUUGUAAUAUGUAUCCAAACAUAAAUCCAAAUUGUCCAUAUAAUCUCUUCUGAUCUCUUGUUUUAUUGUCCCAGUAAUAUAAAUAAGGACCUUUUAUUGCGUAUUGGGUGUAGUGUACAACGGUUAUAAUAACGUGAUUUUAUUAUAACGAGAAUAACUGAUUAUCAAGAAAUAACAUUUAUAUUUAGAUAGUUGACAACGCUGCUCCAGCAAUGCCUAGUUUAAACACAUAGCAAUGCCUUACUUAUAAUGACGACUACAAGUGCUAAGUUACAAUUAAAUAUUCAUAGAUAUAAUAGAUAAUUUAUAAUACAAGUGUUGCUCACUAUGUUUGAAUCACAAAAUGUAUAUCUGUAUAUUUUAGCUUAUAUUGUGGGUAAAUGUUGAAAAAUCUAUGUAUACAUUGUCACAAAAACUAGCUACAGUCUAGCUUUUAAACGACGUUUAGAUCACUAUUGGGACAUUUAGAAUGUAUGAAAGGAUUUGUAAUUCUUUAUAGUGUACUUAUUUAAUAAAUAACCUCGGUACGCAAUAAUUUAAUGCAGUGUUACAGACAUAUUUGAAUACGAAAGUUACAUUUGUAUUAUAAGCCUAUGUUUAAGAACUAACCAACAUUUUUUAUAUAAAUUGAUCUUUUGUUUUGAUUUGAUUUUAAUUUGUAUGAAUAUUACGAACUGCGUUUAUUUCGCGGACUUGUCGCAUUGUUAUUUAUUGGUAAUUGGUUAUUUUAUGCUCAUGAACAUUUUUUCUCUAAUAAAAUUAUGUUCUUCUAA